AGGACCAUAGUCUUCCAGUUGCUGUAUAAAUUGGACAAUUAAACCUUGUUUUCUCUUCACACUCAAUACACAAAUUCUCUCACACAGAAAAAAUCAAGACCCAAAUGAAAAUAUCAAAUAAGCCAACCAUCCUCCACCUCCUCCUCCUUUUAUAUGCUCUGUCUUCAGCUCCACCGGUCAUCGGCGUGGCGUCGGGGAAGUCGCCGGUGUUUCGGGAAUACAUAGGCGCAGAGUUCAGAAACGUCAAGUUCUCCGACGUGCCCAUAAACCCAAACGUUGACCACUUCCAUUUCAUUUUGUCCUUCGCCAUUGACUACAAAACCUCAUCUUCCUCUGCCCCUCGUCCUGCCAAUGGCAAAUUCAACAUUUUCUGGGACUCCCAUAACCUCUCCCCUUCUCAUGUCUCCGCCAUCAAGUCUAAGCAUUCUAAUGUUAAGGUAGCCGUCAGCUUAGGCGGCGACACCGUAAAUAAACUCCCCGUCCUUUUUGCACCGUCUUCCGUCGAUUCUUGGGUUUCAAACGCCGUGUCUUCCCUGACCCGGAUCAUCGGAGACUACAACCUCGACGGAAUCGACAUAGACUACGAGCACUUCCAACCCGACUCCGACCCAGACACGUUCGUGGAGUGCAUCGGACGGCUGAUCACCGCCCUGAAGAAAAACAGAGUGAUUUCAUUCGCCUCCAUAGCGCCGUUCGACGACGCCGCCGUCCAGAGACAUUACACCGCCCUGUGGAAGCGGUACGGCGGCGUGAUAGACUACGUCAACUUCCAGUUCUACGCAUAUGAUAACGGGACCACCGUGAAGCAGUUCAUAAGCCAUUUCAACAAGCAGAGGGAUGAGAACUACGGUGGGGGGAGAGUGCUGACGAGCUUCGUCAGCGGCGGGGGCGGCGGGUUGUCGCCGGAAAAGGGGUUCUUUAAGGCUUGCGGCGAGCUGAAGAGGGAGGGGAAGCUGGAUGGGAUAUUUGUGUGGUCUGCUGAUGAUUCGAAAUCGAAUGGGUUCAAGUAUGAGAAGAGGGCGCAGGCUCUGCUCGCCGACCAAAAAUAAGUUGAUUUUUUUUUAUACAACGGAAAGAAAACCAAAAAUAAAUAAGUUGAUGAUACUCUCUAUUUUCAUCACAAUUAUUAAUUACUCUGAUGAAUAAACAAAGUCAUAGCUGGCUUUAUUUCUUCUUUUUGUGUUCUCUCCAAUAAUUGUUAGUCUUGUGAAAUAAAAGAACUACUCCACAAAACUUUAUCAACUGUUGAUAUAUGGUCCCAACAAUGUUUACCAG